AGAGCACUUCUGUCGUCGGCACGAUUGGCAAUUUUUGAUGCAAAUUGCGAUGCCAAAGCGGAGAGGGAAUGUGACACUCCGCCACCAACGAAACUUGAAGAAAUUUUUGAGCAGCUAAUUGCAAAGAAGCUUUUUGAUCGCGCGUGGGAAAUAAGCAAGGUAUUCGAACUCAAACCGUAUCCACUAAUAAAAGCACUCGCUCUUGAAUGUAUGAAUCUUGAUAUGAAUCCGCAGAAAGGUGAAGCAGACUGGGUUGCGAAAGGACGAAAGCAUCUCACAAUGGUAGUGAGGUAA